AUGGAGACUAUUUCAGAACUCAGCACUUCACAUUAUCAGAUAGUUCACUUGGGAGAGAAAUGCUAUAAGUGUGAUGAGUGUGGCAAGGAAUUCAGCCAGAGUUCACAGCUGCAAAUUCAUCAGAAAGUCCACACUGUAGAGAAGCCAUUCAGAUGUGAGCAGUGUGGGAAAGGCUUCAGUCAUAGAUCAACACUUACUGUUCAUUGUAAAUUACACAUGGGAGAGAAACCUCACAAUUGUGACAAAUGUGGAAGGGCCUUCAUUCAUGCUUCACAUCUUCAGGAACAUCAGAGAAUUUACACUGGGGAGAAACCAUUCAAAUGUGAUAUAUGUAGUAAGAACUUCCGCCGCAGAUCAGCACUUAACAGUCAUUGUAUGGUCCACACUGGAGAGAAACCAUACAAAUGUGAGGAGUGUGGGAGGUGUUUCACUUGUAGCUCAAAUCUGCAUAUCCACCAGAGGGUCCACACAGGAGAGACCUAUAAAUGUGAGGAGUGUGGUAAAUGCUUCAUUCAACCUUCACAAUUUCAGGCCCAUCGGAGAAUUCACACGGGAGAGAAACCACAUGUAUGUAAAGUGUGUGGUAAGGGCUUCAAGUUUCAAGUUUACAGUUCAAGUUUUCAAGCCCAUCAGGGAGUCCACACAGGAGAAAAACCAUACAGAUGUGAUGAGUGUGGGAAGAACUUCAGGAUGAAAAUCCAUUAUCAAGUUCAUCUUGUCGUCCACACAGGAGAAAAACCCUAUAAAUGUGAGUUAUGUGGGAAAGGCUUUCGUCAGAGUUCAUAUCUUAAAAUCCAUCAGAAGGCCCACAGUGUAGAGAAACCCUACAAGUGCAAGGAGUGUAGAGAGGGCUUCAAUCAGAAUUUACGACUUCAGAUCCACCAGCUGAUCCAUACUGGUGAGAAACCAUACAAAUGCGAAGAGUGUGAGGGAUUCAGUCACAGAGCCGAUCUUAAAACUCACUGCAGAAUCCACACUGGAGAGAAACUGUACAAUUGUGAGGAGUGUGGAAAAGGCUUUAGUCAGGCAUCUCAUCUUCUGACCCACCAGAGACUCCACAGUGGAGAAAAGCCAUUCAAAUGUGCAGAGUGUGGCAAGAGCUUCAGUCGGAGGUCAUACCUUCAAGCCCACCAAAAAGUCCACACUGGAGAAAAGCCAUACAAAUGUGAGGAGUGUGGGAAAGGCUUUAAGUGGAGCCUGAGCCUCGACAUGCAUCAGAGGGUCCGCACAGGAGAGAAACCAUAUAAGUGUGGGUAGUGUGGGAAGCACUUCAGUCAGGCCUCAAGCCUUCAGCUUCAUCAGAGUGUCCACACUGGAGAGAAGCCCUACAGAUGUGAUGUGUGUAGUAAAGUCUUCAGUCGGUCUUCACAGCUUCAGUAUCACAGGCGAGUUCACACAGGGGAGAAACCUUACAAGUGUGACGUGUGUGGUAAGAACUUCAGUUGGUGCUCCAAUCUUGUAAGUCAUCACAAAAUUCAUACUGGAGAUAUAUUAUAUGAAAGUGAUGAGAGUGGUAAGAACAUCAGGGAACUGUCAGAGGAAAGAAGUUCCACAAAAUGAUUGUUUCAAAAAACUCUUGUGCAACCCUGAGUUCUUGCAAGUGUCAGGUCUCAUAGGAGGGAAGGUAUUAGGUGUCGAAGCAGUAGCUGAACAUAUCCCAGUGUUCACCAGACCUCACAGCAGAAACCUCCUCUGAGUGGUGCAGUCAGGGUUGCAUUCAGAACUUUGACAUUUGUUAGAUACCAGUUAGGGAGAUAGCACUUAGAGCGGAAGAGUUUGGUCUUGCCUUUAAUGAAAGUGUAAGGAUGGGCUUGUCAAAACUGAUGUCCAGGAGAUUGUUAGCUCCAUGAGGGCAGGGACUUGGAUGUUGAAUUUACACAACCUUAACAUCGACUCUUGCUUGUAUGUGUGCUCAGUUCAUGUAUGUUAAAUAAACCAAAAGGGGGAAGUGUACACUAUUUAAAAAUUGUUUCAGAGGAGGAAACCUACCAAGUAAAAUUAAUUCAGGAAGUGAUCAUUUGUUGAAGUACAGAAAACCACUUGAUAUUAUAAUCUGCAGUAUUAAUAUGAUAUGAGCCUAUUGCAACUGGCUCCUUGCCUCCCACAGCCUCCGUUCUCAAGUAGGGUUAUUGUCUGAGGCCCUGUCCAGUUUUCCAAGGAUUGAAUCUAAUAUAAAAUUGAACUGUCUUGUGAUUUUUUUUUCUGACAGUACAAACUGAAAAUGUUACUAACUUUUCAACAAUAGGUAACUGUACAAUUGAUUUUUUGUGAGUUUUUGAUUUUUGAUUUUUUGUGAGUCACUCAAUGUUAAGGCAGGAUUUACUGUAACAUUUUCAAAAUGUCACAAAAAUUGUCACUAGAAAAAGUUUUAUUGGUUGACCUUGAAGUUACCUAUUUCUAAUUCCCUCAUUUUUAUCCAGACUUUGAAAUGUUUGCUUACUAAGAACUGUAGCAUUUCUUCUGUCAAAAUUUCUCAGGUAGAGGCUAUGCCAUAUUCUUCACACACGUCCAUGAGGAAAAUACCCAGGAAACUUGUAGGAACUUGAUAAAAUUAUUCAAUGUAUUAUUGAGGCAAGACUGACAUUUAUGUCCUUUGACCUGUUGGUAGCAGUAAAGCAUGGUUUUGGGAAAGGAGUACUUAUCAGUGUAUAGGUUAUACAUCUCUUUGAUCUAAAAAUCAUAUAAUUGAAUGUUUUAGAUUAUGAGGUUAAUAUACGAAAAAGAUAAACACCACAUCAGUGACGUCACUGAAUUUUUUUUAAUGGAAAUAAGUGUACAGCUGUAGGAAUUUGAGUUUUGCUAUAUUUUUAUAUUAAUCUGAAGCCAUUAAAAUUCUGGCAAAUAUAAUGGCAAGAGAUACACAAUAUGGGCUUUGAGAGGUCACAGAUUGUAACCUUCAGAGUAUAAUCAAAUCUUUGUGUGUGUGUGUAUAUAUGUUUGCAUGCACACAUACAUCUGUAUGUAGACAUGCAUAAGAUCAUGUGUCAAGGGAUACUCUUCCAUAGUGGUUUUACUUAGGAGCAUGUUGUGGUAUUUUUUCAUUUUAUAAUUUCAUGUUACGGUUUUUUCAUUGGCUAGUACUAUCAACGGAGAAGGCAAUGGCA